UCCCUGAAGGAUACGUAUUGUGGCGUGGAAUCUACUACAAGGCAUUCAACACGCGUAAAAGCUUCAGCGGAGCGGCUGCAACCUGUCGUCAGGACGGUGGUACCCUCACCAUGCCCCGGGACAAGGGGAUCAACAAGCUCCUUACAGCCUUGUCCAAGCCCAUGGACACAUCUGGGGCCUUCUGGAUCGGCCUGCACGAUCAGCGCAAAGAGGGACAGUUUGAGUGGAUAGACGGCGACUCAAUCGGGGAGUACAACUUGUGGAAUCCGGGAGAGCCAAAUAAUGCUAACAGUGGGGAACACUGCGUCCAGACCGUGUAUCCUGAUCCAUUCGGAUGGAAUGACGCCAGUUGCCAACAAUCUCUGCCCUUCAUCUGUCAAAUUGUUACAGGCGCUUUUAAUGAGAAAGGCUACGAAAAGUUGCACGGUAUGUACUACAAGGCGUUUGACGAACCGAAAAGCUUCAUUGGAGCGGCUGCAAUCUGUCGUCUAGACGGUGCUACCCUCGCCAUGCCCCGAGACAAAGAGACCAACGACAUCCUCAACACCUUUUUCCAGUCCGUGAGCGAAUCCGGGGCCUUCUGGAUCGGCCUGCAUGAUCAGCAGGAAGAGGGGCAGUUCGAGUGGCUAGACGGCUACUCACUCGCAGAGUACAACGCGUGGCAUCCGGGAGAGCCAAAUAACUCUCUCGGUGAGGAGGACUGUGCCCAGGCCAUGUUACUGUAUACAGUCGGUACAUUCGGAUGGAAUGACAUUAGUUGCCACCAAGCCCUGCCCUUCAUCUGCCAAAUUCAUCCAGGCUGUCCAGAUGGCUUUACUAAGUUCAGUGGAGCCUGCUUCAAAGCGUACCACCCGAUAGUUUCCUACCACCAGGCGAGACAGUUUUGUGCCAUGAAGGGCGGACUUUUAGCCAUGCCAAAAGACAAGACCACAGACGACUUUCUGUUGCAGUUGAAGAACAAGGCGGAUCGCUGGCACUAUUUCUGGUUUGGUUUGAGCGACGAGAACAGUGAGGGACAAUGGGUCUGGGAAGAUGGGGAAAUUCUCUACCAGGAUACCCCUUGGAGUGACUGGAGGGAGGGAGAACCGAAUAAUCGUUAUGGGGAUGAAGACUGUGCACAUUACAGUCCUCAAGCGUGGCCGGGAUGGAAUGACAUUCUGUGCUCAAGGAAGGUGGCCAAGUUUAUCUGCCAGACAAAAGAAUAUUAAGAUGAGGCCGGAUUAACUGCGGAAGGCGCUACGUCCACUCCAAAGUAAAAAAAAAAAACACUUUAAUAUAAAAAGAUGACAGGGAAAGCUAUGACGGUUGGGUUAUGACCUAAGGCAAUAAAGAAAUUAAGCAAUUGAAUUGAAUUACCAAAUGGUACUGAUGUAGAAAGGUCAGCAUUAAUUUUGCUUACGCUGACUGGUAUUUAUGUUAUUUCAAAUCAAUUCAUUUCAUUUUAUUUACACGGAAGUGGAAUAUGAUGAAUGAUUUAAGGAAGGUCCAUUAUACAAACAUGGGUAUGAUAAUGAGACACAUAAAUAAACAAAGAGCAAGUAUAGAAAUAGUUGGAGUUGGAGGAGUUGACGUUUUUUUAUGACAUAAGGCAGCAUGAUUAAUAUUUGGAGAGACAAUCCUGAUUAUACUAAUGCUUAAAUUUAGCAGUUUUUAGUUGAGUUUCAUAG